AUGAGUUCACCUUUGCGACCCAGCACUUCUGCUGGUAACCGUGGGCGCGCAAACCUCGCUAGUAGAAAGCGUGGACAUGACGGCCUUGACGAUAACUCUUCCGCUCCACCUCCUUCGAGUCCCCCUCCAUCCUCCCCACCAAUGUUACCAUUGGAUGAAGCUGACGACGAUGAUGAUAUCGCCGCAGAGGAGGGGUUUGUCCAGGAUAUCGACGACCUUGAAGAGAUGGCCGAGGACGAUGACGGCAUUGAUUUGUUUGCAGACAAUUUCGAAAGAGAUUAUAGGGACCGUGCAGACGAUCAGUAUGGGGGAAUCGAUAUCGAUGAUGCAGAUCACGACGAGCUAGAUCUCGCAACGAGACGACAGCUCGAAGCAAGACUUAAUAAACGAGACCGUGAACUUGCCCGCAGACGGAAGAUGCCCGCGGCGUUUCUUCAGGAGGACGACUUCGAUGGUGUUCCUGACCUCUCGCUUCAGACUCGCAGACAUCGACGUAAUUACGACGAGGAGAGCCAGGACGCUGAUAUGGAUGAUCCCGAAGCGGACCUUACCUUGGAAGAUAUGGCAGAUAUCAAGGCAGAUAACGUUACAGAAUGGGUUGCAACCCCGGCAAUUCACAGAGCAAUCUAUCGGGAGUUCAAGUCCUUCAUAACCGAGUUCACCGAUAAAGACGGAAUAUCGGUUUACGGCACACUCGUUAAAAACCUUGGAGAGGAGAAUUCUGAAUCGCUGGAGGUUGCAUACCCACAUCUCAGUGAGACAAAAUCAAUUAUUGCAUAUUUCCUGGCGAACGCCCCAGCAGAGGUCCUCAAAAUCUUUGAUCAGGUUGCCAUGGAAGCGACUCUAUUGCAUUAUAGGGACUACCAUCGCAUUCAUAGCGAAAUUCAUGUACGAAUCACCAAUUUGCCCGUCAAGUACACACUGCGUCAACUUCGUCAGAGCCACCUUAACUGCCUUAUCUGUGUCAGCGGUGUGGUCACAAGGCGGACAGGCGUCUUUCCACAGUUAAAAUAUAUCAUGUUCAACUGCAACAAAUGCGGUGUCACGCUCGGUCCAUUCGAGCAGGACUCCAGUAGUGAGCUUAAAAUCUCAUUCUGCCAAAACUGCCAAAGCCGUGGCCCAUUCACUUUGAAUUCUGAGAGAACCGAGUAUCGCAAUUUCCAGAAACUUACCCUUCAAGAAUCCCCCGGAACUGUUCCCGCCGGCCGUCUCCCGCGUCACCGUGAUGUAAUUCUCCUUGCAGAUCUAAUCGACUCUGCAAAACCAGGUGAUGAGGUGGAAAUUACUGGUAUUUACCGCAAUCAAUAUGGUCUUCCAAUGAGUCAAAGGAGCGGCCUACCGGUAUUCAGCACAAUCAUCGAAGCUAACCACAUUGUCAAAUCCCACGAUCAACUCGCUGGAUUCCAGUUGACCGAGGAUGACGAACAUCAGAUCCAAGCCCUUUCCAAAGAUCCUGCUAUCGUUGAGCGAAUAAUAGGCUCAAUCUGCCCUAGUAUAUACGGACAUGAGGAUGUCAAGACUGCAGUUGCCUUGUCCCUCUUUGGCGGUGUUAGUAAGGUUGCUCAAGGGAAAAUGAACAUUCGUGGAGAUAUCAACGUACUGUUACUGGGUGACCCUGGUACCGCCAAGUCUCAGGCACUGAAAUAUAUUGAGAAGACUGCCCAUCGUGCAGUUUUCGCUACGGGACAGGGAGCCAGCGCCGUCGGUUUGACUGCAAACGUUCGUCGUGAUCCAAUGACUAGCGAAUGGACCCUAGAAGGCGGUGCAUUAGUGCUCGCUGAUCGAGGUACCUGUCUAAUCGAUGAAUUCGAUAAAAUGAACGACCAGGACCGUACGUCGAUUCACGAAGCCAUGGAACAGCAAACGAUAUCUAUAUCGAAAGGUGGUAUAGUCACCACGCUUCAGGCACGAUGCUCCAUCGUUGCAGCAGCCAACCCUAUUGGUGGCCGCUACAGGGGGACUAUCCCUUUUUCUCAAAAUGUUGAGCUCACUGAGCCCAUCCUCUCACGUUUCGAUAUCCUCUGUGUUGUAAGAGAUAUGGUGAAUCCAGAGAUAGAUGAAGGACUGGCUUCGUUUGUGAUGAAUUCACACUACCGAUCAAAUCCAAUGCGAGAUGCGGACGGAAACCCAGAAGAAGAUGAUACAGAGGAUUCACCUGAAUCUCGAUUUAGGGUGCAAAGAGCAGACGCUAUUCCACAAGAACUACUGCGGAAGUACAUAGUCUACGCGCGUGAAAAAUGUCAUCCAAAACUCUACCAAAUAGACGAGGGCAAGGUCUCUGAAGUCUUUGCUGAUUUGAGACGAGAGAGUUUAGCCACUGGAGCAUACCCUAUCACAGUCCGACAUCUUGAGUCCAUCAUGCGAAUUGCGGAAUCGUUCUGCAAAAUGCGUCUAUCCGAGUAUUGUUCCUCUCGCGAUAUUGACCGUGCGAUUGCCGUAACGGUUGAUUCGUUCAUUGGCAGCCAGAAGAUAAGCUGCAAAAAGGCCCUUUCGAGAGCCUUUGCCAAGUACGUUUAA